GCGAGCGCGGGGCGCCCGGGGAUGGGACUGGGAGGCGGCGCCCGCGGACCAGGCAGCGGCGGCGGCUCCCACGAGCGCUCCCCGAGGCCCGCGCGGCUCCCGGCCCGGCCAGCGGGCGCCCACGAGGGAGGCCCGGGCGGCCGCGUCCCCGCCGCUCCCCCGGGCGCCGGCGGCUGCAGCCACGCCCCUCUUCCGAUUCCUGAAGAUGGAGAAGAUGCUGGUGGGCUGCUUUCUGCUGCUCCUCGGGCACACCCUCCUCCUCCCUGCUGAGGCCAGGCAGUGGCCACGCGCCAGGUCCGUCUCCAGAGGCAGACACUCGCGGACCCACCCCCAGACGGCCCUGCUGGAGAGCUCCUGCGAGAACAAGCGGGCGGACCUGGUGUUCAUCAUCGACAGCUCCCGCAGCGUCAACGCCCACGACUAUGCCAAGGUCAAGGAGUUCCUGGUGGACAUCCUGCAGUUCCUGGACAUCGGCCCCGACGUCACCCGCGUGGGCCUGCUGCAGUACGGCAGCACCGUGAAGCGCGAGUUCUCCCUCAAGACCUUCAAGAGGCGGUCCGAGGUGGAGCGCGCCGUCGCGCGGAUGCGGCACCUGUCCACGGGCACCAUGACGGGGCUGGCCAUCCAGUACGCCCUGAACAUCGCCUUCUCCGAGGCCGAGGGCGCCCGGCCCCUGCGCGAGCACGUGCCCCGCGUCAUCAUGAUCGUGACGGACGGGCGGCCGCAGGACUCCGUGGCCGAGGUGGCCGCGAAGGCGCGGGACACGGGCAUCCUGAUCUUCGCCAUCGGCGUGGGCCAGGUGGACCUCAACACGCUGAAGGCCAUCGGCAGCGAGCCGCACGAGGACCACGUCUUCCUGGUGGCCAACUUCAGCCAGAUGGAGUCGCUGAUCUCCGUGUUCCAGAACAAGCUGUGCAUGGCCCACAUGUGCAGCCUCCUGGAGCAUAACUGUGCCCACUUCUGCAUCAACACCCCUGGCUCGUACGUCUGCAGGUGUAAACAAGGAUACAUCCUCAACGCGGAUCAGACAACGUGCAGAAUCCAGGACCUGUGCGCGGCCGAGGACCACGGCUGCGAGCAGCUCUGUGUGAACCUGCUGGGCUCCUUCGUGUGCCAAUGCUACAGCGGCUACGCCCUGGCCGAGGACGGGAAGAGGUGUGUGGCCGUGGACUACUGUGCCUCAGGAAACCACGGGUGCGAGCAUGAGUGUGUGAAUGCCGAGGGCUCCUAUGCCUGCCGCUGCCCUAAAGGAUUUUCUCUCAAUGCAGACAAAAAAACGUGCACGAAGAUAGACUACUGUGCCUCGCCGAAUCAUGGGUGCCAGCACGAGUGUGUGAGCACGGAUGACUCCUAUGCCUGCCGCUGCCUGAAAGGCUUUUCCCUGAACCCGGAUCAGAAGACCUGCAGGAGGAUCAACUACUGCGCGCUGAGGAAGCCGGGCUGCGAGCACGAGUGUGUCAACACGGAGGAGGGCUACUACUGCCGCUGCCGCCCGGGCUUCCGCCUGGGCCCCGACGGCAAGACCUGCAGCCGCGUGGACCACUGCGCGGAGCAGGCGCACGGCUGCGAGCAGCUGUGCCUGAACACGGACACGUCCUUCCUGUGCCAGUGCUCCGAGGGCUUCGUCAUCAACGAGGACCUCAAGACCUGCUCGCGGGCGGACUACUGCCUGCUGAGCGACCACGGGUGCGAGCACUCCUGCGUCAACACGGACCGGUCCUUCGCCUGCCGGUGCCCCGAGGGCCAUGCGCUCCGCAGCGACGGGAAGACCUGUGCCAAACUGGAUGCUUGUGCUCUGGGGGGCCACGGCUGCGAGCACUCCUGUGUGAGCAGCGGAGACUCCUUCGUGUGCGAGUGUAUGGAAGGGUACCUGCUUCGGGAAGACGGGAAAACCUGCAGACGGAAAGACGUCUGCCAAGCAGUAGACCACGGCUGCGAGCACAUGUGUGUGAACAGCGGGGAGUCUUACAGCUGCAGGUGCUUGGAGGGGUUCCGGCUCGCUGAGGAUGGGAAACGCUGCAGAAGGAAGGAUAUCUGCAGGUCGGCCCACCACGGCUGCGAGCACAUUUGUGUUCCUCGUGGCGAUUCCUACGUCUGCAAAUGCUCGGAGGGAUUUAUUCUGGCUGAGGACGGGAGGCGGUGCAAGCGAUGCUCCGAAGGCCCGAUCGACCUGGUCUUUGUGAUCGACGGAUCCAAGAGCCUCGGGGAGGACAACUUCGAGAUCGUGAAGCAGUUCGUCACGGGGAUCAUAGACUCCCUGGUGGUGUCCCCCAAGGCCGCCCGGGUGGGGCUGCUGCAGUACUCCACGCAGGUCCGCCCCGAGUUCGCCCUGAGCAGCUUCGGCUCGGCCAGGGACAUGAAGAAGGCCGUGGCCACCAUGAAGUACAUGGGCAAGGGCUCCAUGACGGGGCUGGCCCUGAGGCACAUGUUUGAGAGGAGCUUCACGCCGGCCGAAGGGGCCCGGCCCCUCUCCGCGCGGGUGCCCCGGGUGGCCAUCGUGUUCACCGACGGGCGGGCUCAGGACGACGUCGCCGAGUGGGCCGGGAAGGCCAAGGCCAACGGUAUAACCGUGUACGCUGUCGGGGUAGGAAAAGCCAUCGAGGAGGAACUGCAGGAGAUCGCCUCCAAGCCCACGGACAGGCACCUCUUCUAUGCCGAAGACUUCAGCACGAUGGGCGAGAUAAGUGAAAAGCUGAAGCAGGGCAUAUGCGAAGCUCUGGAAGCCUCGGAUGGAAGCCAGGACUCCCCAGCCGGGGAACUGCCCAAAAGGGGUCACCAGCCAACAGAGUCUGAGCCAGUCACCAUAAAUAUCCAAGACCUCCUUUCCUGUUCUAAUUUUGCAGUGCAACACAGGUAUCUGUUUGAAGAAGACAGUCUCUCACGGUCUGCACAAAAACUGUUCCACUCCACAAAUCCUUCAGGAAGUCCUUUGGAAGACAAGCCCGAUGAAUGCAAAUGUGAAAACCUCCUCAUGUUCCAGAACCUUGCCAACGAGGAAGUGAGGAAAUUAACACAGCGCUUAGAAGAAAUGACACAGAGAAUGGAAGCCCUAGAAAAUCGUCUGAGAUACAGAUGAAGAUUCAAAAUACUCUGUAUUUGUCUGUCAUUGUAUCAAGGACUACAGUGAAGGCGGUCCAGAGCCCCAAAGCUCAGGCUAGCGCUAGUUCUGUAAGGUUGUAAACGUGACUAGUACUGAGAAAGCUGGUUUGCUAUGGCACAAAGGCAAAAAGUAGACACUAACUUUAUAAGUUUAAUGAGAGAAAAAAAAUCCUUCGGAAUCCUAAGAGUUUACCACCAUGAGAAUAAGCUAUGCAAGAUACUCUGUAACAUACCGUAGACUUGAUUUGCUUUGCCCCUUCCUCCCUUAGAAUGUUGCAAUUGCAUUGGAUCACAAAGUAAAGUUUGCACGUCUUACUGCUGUGGAACACUGGCCACGGGAAAAGCUGUUUUUGUAUCGGACUUUACCUUGAUGUAUGUAUAUGGACGUAUGCAUAAAAUCAUAGGACAGGUACUUGUGUAACAAGUUGUUUUUUUAAUACAAUAUUAAAGUUCACUUCAGAGAUGGCA